AUGGAUGGGAUUGGGACAGAUAUUGGCUUCGAACACGCGUUGUACGGCUACAUGGAUAGGCAUGUGGACCUGGCAAUUAUGAAGCUAAGCAGGUCGUCUGACCCAUGGGCAAGGAUCGAGGUGAGCAUCGAACGACUUGGCCUAGAUGGCGAGGAUGUCCGACCUGGAGCUCGUUGCAACGACUUCUUCACCGCGUUCGGCGAGCAGGAACAAGUAGGCCCAUUGCCGUGUGACGGCUCACUGAAUGUGACGGAACUGCGAUCUAAGGCGAAUUGGCUGUUGUUGGAGCUUCGCAGCGAUCCCUAUUCCGAGAAUUCCGUCACCGGACCUCUGCUUCGAUACAGCGUCAAGCGACAACAACCCGGAGUGCGCGUCUACUCUGAAGGGAUGACUUCGUCGUCUGUUGCACUGCCCACCCUCGCCGUCUUCGUGCUGUCCGCUCUUAGGAUUCUCUAA